GAGCAAUCUACAGCACAUGAACUACUAUAAACAGCAAACAACAAGCAAACAAUUACUAACUUUAUAACAAUAACUUGAGAAAAAUAAAAUAUUAUUGUUCAGAAUGGAUUAUUAUGGAACAGAACAACUCUUGGAUAUAUCUUCUUAUAGCUAUGGCGACAGCUGCCUCAUGGAGUAUGUAUCAUCAAGCAACGAGCCUAGCAACCAGCAGCUUGGCAACAACGACAGCAGUAAAAUGGACAAUACGAUAAAGGAAUCAAUCAAGGAUUGUAUCGAUUUGGACUUUCUGUAUCCACUGCCUGAUAUGAAAGUGUCUGACAUUGCUGCAGUGUUAUUGGAUGAGGAGAUUGGUAACCGGGAUACCACACCUCUCGUAUCUACAACUCCAGUUCCAUCACCUGAGGCAAUUGCUCCCGACACAUAUUCAGAUGACACUCAUCACUGUGAAUAUGUCAUGGAUAUCACACCAACUGUGGACUAUUAUAACCUCACGCCAAGUUUGGAUACCACUCUUCAAGAUAUCACCCCCACCAUCCAGUCCAACAUGAAUGAAACUCUGUAUCAGCAAAUGGUAGAUGACAUCAACAGUACAUGUACUAGCGAUGUAAUCCACACGGAGCCACAGCAGUGUAACACCAUAUCCAGCUCUCAGUACUCUGCUGACAACAUAUUCCACGAUGUCACUCCAACUUUGUUCUCCACCGUGAAUGACUCCAUCCUCAGAGACAUGGUGAAUGAUCUCAAAAAGGACUCUAUUAGCACCACAUCAAGCUUCAACUCACCAAUCCCAGAGAAACCCAAACGUAAACAACGCAGCAAUAUCUCCAACAGGAAGACUACACUUCAUUGUGAUUUCUGCGGAAAGAGAUUCACGAAUAGUGCCAACCUCAAAAACCACAUCAGGGUCCACUCUGGUGAGCGACCAUACUCCUGCAACAUCUGCCAGAAGACAUUCGCCCAGAGUGCCACCCUCAAGACACACGCCAGGACCCACACAGGGGAGAAGCCAUUCAGCUGCGAGUUCUGUCGUCGUGGUUUCAGUGACUACUCCACCUACUCCAAGCAUGUCAGGACCCACACUGGUGACAAGCCCUACAAGUGUGACACCUGCCCUGCUGCUUUCACCCAGUCUGGGAAUCUGAACCGACAUCAGAAGAUUCAUCUGAAGGGAAACACUAGGAAGUCCAAGUUCAUGCGAUAAACAAUCAACGUACCAUAAAACAUACACCUGUAUUCAGGCUUAUAUGCAAUGGACAGUUUAUACAGAGAUAUAAUGCCAAAUUCCACAUAGUUGCCAAAUGUUUAAAAAAUCAAUAAUUCUGUGAUUUAUUGUUUUAGUCUACAAAUGCAUAUACUGUACAUGUAUAUUAAAUAUAUCUGAAAUAAAUAAACAAUGCAAUUAAAAAAUCUCUAUUAGUUCUCCAAUGAGAUAACUAGAUAACAGUAAUGCCAAAGCGUAGCAAAUCCCAUCGAACAUCC